AUGGCCAGCCGUCCCCACCGCAUCCGCUCUGGCUAUGGGGUCAGGAACUUCAGCUCCUGCUCUGCCGUCCUGCCUAAGCCGUCGGCCCACAGCUGCUCCAGUGCCAUGGCCUACCGCGGGGGCAGUCCUGGGGGGCCCGGCUACAGGCGCCUCGGGGGCUUUGGCAGCCGGAGCCUGUGCGCAGUGGGGUCCCCGCGGAUGGCGGUGAGCUGUGGAUGGCCCCUGCGCAGCGGGGGCAGCUUUGGCUACCGUGUAGGGGGACUUUGUGGACCCAGCCCUCCCUGCAUCACCAGCGUGUCGGUCAACGAGAGCCUCCUCACGCCCCUCAACCUGGAACUUGACCCGAAUGCACAGUGCGUCAAGCACCAGGAGAAGGAGCAGAUCAAGUGCCUGAACAACAAGUUUGCUGCCUUCAUCGACAAGGUGCGCUUCCUGGAGCAGCAGAACAAGCUUCUGGAGACCAAGUGGCAGUUCUACCAGAACCGCAAGUGCUGCGAGAGCAACCUGGAGCCCCUGUUCGAGGGCUACAUCGAGACGCUGAGGCGGGAGGCCGAGUGCGUGGAGGCCGACAGCGGGAGGCUGGCCUCGGAGCUCAACCACGUGCAGGAGGUGCUGGAGGGCUACAAGAAGAAGUAUGAAGAAGAAGUGGCCCUCAAGACCACGGCUGAGAAUGAGUUUGUGGUGCUGAAGAAGGACAUAGACUGUGCCUACCUGCGCAAGGCUGACCUGGAGGCAAAUGUGGAGGCGCUAAGGGAGGAGAUGGGCUUCCUACAGGCCCUCUAUGAGGAGGAAAUCUACCUCCUUCAGUCACAAAUCUCUGACACCUCGGUGGUCGUCAAAAUGGACAACAGCCGGGAGCUCAACAUGGACUCAGUGGUGGCCGAGAUCAAGGCUCAGUAUGACGACAUCGCCAGCCGCAGCCGGGCCGAGGCGGAGUCCUGGUACCAAACCAAGUGCGAGGAGAUGAAGGCCACGGUGAGCCAGCAGGGCGAGAACCUCCGCAGAACCAAGGAUGAGCUCAAUGAGCUGAACCGCAUGAUCCAGAGGCUGACGGCAGAGGUGGAGAAUGCCAAGCAGCAGCGGUGCAAGCUGGAGGGUGCCGUGGCUGAGGCAGAGCAGCAGGGCGAGGCAGCCCUCGGUGAUGCCAAAUGCAAGCUGGCGGGGCUGGAGGCCGCCCUUCAGAAGGCCAAGCAGGACAUGGCCUGUCUGCUCAAGGAGUACCAGGAGGUGAUGAACUCCAAGCUGGGCCUGGACGUGGAGAUCGCCACUUACAGAAAGCUGCUGGAGGGCGAGGAGAGCCGCUUGUGUGAAGGCGUGGGCUCCGUCAAUAUCUGUGUGAGCCGUUCCCAGGGUGGCGUGAUCUGCGGUGACCUCAGUGCCACUGUCCCUCGUGGACCAGGGGUUGUGGCUUCCAGCAGUGGUGCCCUCUGCUCCCCCUCUGUAGUGGGGGCCUGCUCCGGUGUGAGAUCCGUGCGGUUUGCAUAG